CGCGCCCGCUUAUUGCUUUAUGCAUGGUGCCCGAGAUUUCCAACGGGCGCGUUGCUCACUCUUGGAGGCCAUGUUUUGCGUUGUUUUGUUUUCACUUUUGCUUCCCACGUGGUUUCCCGCCAGCUCUGUUGGCUCUGUGUCUUCAUGGGCGUACUGGGCGUACCUUUCGGAUAGCCGGAUUGGAGCUUACAAUCAACUUCAAAAGCGGUGCACCGUUCGCGCUGCUUUUUGGCAUCCCAUGUAGACACUCGGCACUUCGAGAAUGACUGCACAGAUUCGCGAGGCACUCCUGAAGCUUCACGCCUCGGAAAGACCGGACGAGGCACUGACGUUGGUUGAAGAAGUCGACCGUACCUGCCAAGAUCAGGCCUUCUCCGAUAAGGACGAAGGUUACAUAACGACCCUGCUUGUCAGUGAUGAAAAGAGCCUAGUUGCCUACCUGAAAAAAUCCAUCAUCAGCGAACAGCUGAAAGAUGCCAAAGCGAAAGGACUACAGCUCCUCACCAGCUGGUUUGAAAAAGUUCCGUCACACCUCUCCGACCAUGCAGUCGCUGUGAAGGAUGUCAGUACCCAGCUGGCAUUCAGAGACAAGGCAGCGAAGGUGCGGUGUGCCGCUCUGGUCCUGCUAUCCAAGGUCUUGGAAUCUUGUCAGGGCUUGGACAUUAGCGAAAAGCUGGAUAUUCGGGGCCUGCUGGAUAGAUUUUUCAUCCUGCUGUCGCAGCCGUCGAAGAUGACUCCUACAGUGAAGGUCGAAGUGCUGUGCGUCAUGGGCGUCAUCGCCGAACACCACCCGGCUGCGGCUAAUCCGUACAGCGACAAACUCCUUUCCCUGUACCUCGGAGAGUUGAAGAUGCUCAGGAAAUCGGGAGAAGGGAAGGAAAGGACGACUCUAGCCGGCUGCCUUCAAGGCUUGGCUGGUUACCUGCACAGCUUUGGCACUGGGUUUGAUACAGAACCUGACGAUUACUUUCUACUGUUCUCAUUCGUGAAGAAUGCAUUGGUGCCGAACCCUUCAACGACACGUUACGAUGUCCCCAGAGCUGCCCUGAUCUUGCUGUCCAAGCAUGCAGCUCUCUUCGGCCAGCUGCUCUUGGAUGAGUACAAGACUCUGUACAAGCAGAUCGGCUACUGGAGUCACCAUGGCAACCGGGAAAUGAAGGUUCUGGGAGUGGCAGCACUGGAGUCGUUUCUGCGAGAGGUUGCAGCUGCCCUUGCUGACGGAAAAGAGAGGAAGGAUCAUUUGAAUAUAUUCGAAUACUUCAUCCAGGAGUUUCAGCAGACUCUGAAGUCGGAGACCAACACGUACAACCUUGCUGCAGCCCUGAAGGGAUACGGUCUCCUAGCUUUGCCGUGCAAGCAGUACCUAAAGGAGAGUGAUGUCCUUUUCAUGCUGAACGACGUUCUGUUGCGAUCGGAGCAUGUGUUUCAGAGCAUAAGCAGCCCUGCUGUGCUAGAAGACAGCUUGCCCUUGCUGACCAGUUUCCAAGAGGCCACGGCCAGCAUCUUACGUUGUGCCACGGAGGUGCCAGAAAGCCAGCUGCUGUUGGUGGAGAAGUUGGCGGUGCUGCAGAUUGAGAACUUCCCGCUGGUGGCUGAAGGCUUGCGGAGUCGCUACGCCAAGUCCCUCCUCUUUCUUCUCCUCGCCGUCCACCCUCUGUCGCCAACUUCACUGUCGCAGAUCGUUUAUCAGGGACUUGCGAGAACUUGCUCUCACUCAAUAGUGGCCGACGUUGAGGCGAGCGAAGAGGACGACGACGGCUUCUCCAGCAAGUUUCAGAGGAUCACGUACCGUCGCUACAGCCUUUUGUGGAGCUACCUUUUGGAAGCGGUGAACGUUCAGGAGCUGAACACGAUGCAAAUCACGGCGGAUGCGCGAAGCACCUUUGUGUGCAACGUCUAUGACGCCCUGCUCAACGCUAUUCUUUCCAUGGUGUCGAAGCUGAACCUGUCGGUCAAGCACUCGAACGCUGAAAGUGAAACUGGCACCAACAUGUCCGACCCGACGUGUGGCGUCGACGCGGAGUGCCCGAAGGACUUCAACAUCUUCAUCAACUUGAUCGACUUUUUCAGGGACACCUUCUUGUGGAAGCACACUGAAUACUUUACGAAGUGGGCCUUCAUCUUGAUUAAGAAGUUUGUGGAAUAUUCCACUCGCUGCCCUCUGGUCAGUGGGUUCUAUAAGGCACUGGCCGUAUGCUUUCAGAUCUGCGAAAAGUCGUCGUACUUUGAGAGUGGCUCAAGUGAAUCCGCUACCUGCCUCUGCCUGGUGUCCAGCUUUGUCCAGGAAACCAUGGGUCGUCUGCAGCAGUUCAAGGACGACCUGCUGGCCUCGUGCCUGGAGUUGGUGCUCCGUGCUCCGAGCCCCGCCGCUCAGGAGCAGAUCAUCAUGCGUGUGCCUGCUCUUAAGAUGGCCUUGCAACAGGGUCUGAGUUUCCUUCCACUGGCCAAGUCCACGCUGGACACACUGCAGCGAUGGGAAAAGCAGCUUCCAGCAGAUAUGGCGGAUGAUUGCCUCCGGAAGGUCCUGCCAGGGCUGUGCCCUUACCUCUCGCUUGGCACACGAUCAGGGUUGUUCACAGACCCGUCUGCGGACAUAAAGCUUCCUAGGCCUCGGGCUACGCACAAGAUCCCAUUGAAGAUGCUGUUCAAGAAGAAAAGAGAGCAGGAAAAGCUCCAAGAAACCGAGCUUGAGGCACUACGGCGCAAGAUCCUUGACUUCUUGGGAAGCCUCGACGGCGAGCGGCGGGCAUUCCUUAUGGCCGACUUGGAGAAGGAGACACUGGCUGCUGCUCUGACGUGGGACCCCGAGACGAGAGAACACCUGCUCUUUGCUGUGCCGUUUCCGGACGCCAAGAUCGACAUUGCUUUUGAUGGCUUCCUGCCACGUGUGGUCGAGCUGGCCCGCUUUGCUGGCAACCGCCAGACCAAGGUUGCCGCCUGCGAGCUGCUCCACGCCUUGGUACUCUACGCGGUGGGCACGGGUGUUCAGAACACAGAGAGAAGAGCCAAGUGUCCAAUGGUUCACCUCUAUAAGCACCUGUUUCCCGAGCUGCUUCACUUAUCCUGUGACACCGAUCAGGUUACUCAGAAUCUGUUCAAGCCCCUGACAUUGCAGCUGAUGCACUGGUUUAGCAGCAAGUCGACUCGAGGUAGUCAAGAAAGUGCAGCCAUCGUUGAAUGCCUCUGGGACACGGUCACACAGUCGCAGGAGACAACGGUGCGUGACUUUGCCGCGCAGUGCCUGAAGGAAUUCGUGGCAUGGAGCAUCAAGCAGUCUUCUUCAAAAGAGCUGGAGAAGAGUCCGACCAACGUGCAGUCAGUGCUGAGGCGUCUGUGCAGCUACUGCCGCCACCCCAGCGCAUCGAAGCGCCUAGGAGCAGCCCUCGUGUUCAACAACAUUUACUCGCUGGUCAGGGAGGAGGAGUCUUUGGUGGAUGUGUUCAUCUUGGAGACCCUGGCUUACUUCGUCGACAGUUUGAAACUUGCUCAUGCCGAUGAAAAAACUGUUGGCACAAGACAACUUUGUUGCCGAGCGCUGGACAAGCUGCUGCGGAUCAUCAGCUCCAAAAGCAGCCUGCUGAGCAACACGAAGAGCAAGCGGCGGUGGCCAUUUGACAUCGAAAAGAGGUCAGUCACACUGUCCAUGGCCGUGGAGUGGCUGCUCUUUCAGACGAGCUGCCCGCAGUCAGACUGCCGACACAAGUCCAUGGAGCUGGUCUGGGCUCUCGUUCCAAAGCUUCCAGGAGCUCCAACCCACAAAAGCUACAUGGCCCACCUGCUCAAGACCAAUGGAAACUCAUUUUUUCUCGAAAGGUUCGAGACCGGUCUCUCCACAGUGAGUGGCACUUGGACCACUUCGACAGGCAUUCGCAAGUUCUGUGACCACUUACUGGGCCUUCUCGAAUGCUACACUUGGAUCUUAGAGCAGAGGCUGCUGGAGCCCAAGCUGCUGUUUCAAGUUCCAGGCAAGCCUAGUGCCAUUUUUCCACUUGUCACCAAGUUCCUGGAGAAGCUGGCCUUGUGCAAAAACUUCCAGGAGGUUCUCAGCAGUGAAGAGGCUGCUUCCCUGCCGUGCACGCCAGCAGGAACAUCAGCACUUAACGUGGUGAAGUGUUCUCUGACCGUGAGGCUCUUCAACUUCAUGACCGUCUGGAUGAAGACCUGCCCGUCUUCCGUGUCUUCCGUGCCGGACGUGUUUUGGAAAACUGAGGUGUUUUGGAAGUGCUGCGUCGUUUGUGUGCUGCGGCCUUCCGAGGCCGGCUUCGACCUUGCCGACCUUGAAGUCGCCAGCCGACUACCGCACGAGAUGCUGGGGUUCUUGGAGCAGGUGAAGGCCACCUUUCCGGACCUCCUGUCCUCCAGUUUCUCCUCGGCGCUCGACGACUUUCUGUCGACGCAUCCCGACUGUACGCUCGAGAAAGUCCUGGAGCUGAAUCUGAGCGAGCUCGAUCGUCCCUCCGAGUCGCUGGACCUCUCGCAGGCCAACUCCGAGACCAUGGAGGAAGAAGCCACGGAGCCAAGGCAGAACGACAUCCUGAGGCUCACGGGGCUCGCCUCCGGCUACCGGCUGUUGGCCGAACUGAAGAUUGUGAAGGCGGUGGAACCGAAAAGCGCAAUGGCCCCCGUCCACGCCGUGGCCGAGUUUUUCACAAAGCGGGCGGUGUCGCCAACACCCCUUUUUAAGGAGCUCUGUGUGCACCUCUUGGAGCUGGCCGCCUCGCUUGGAGUCAGCGAAAGCAGCAUUCUCAAAAGCCUGAAACCCACCAAGGCUUGGAAUGUCAUGGGUGACGUACUGUGCCGGCAUUUCAUACGGAACAUAGACACAUUUGUGCCAGCGGCCCUGAAGUUGACCGAUAGUGCCACAGCUCUUAUGACUCAAGUUCUGAACUAUGUCCUUCAAGACAAGACACUGAUUUCACUGGUCGGUUCGACGUUGUCAUCCGAAGUCAUGAAGCACUGGACCUUGGUCGCUCCUUUAUUCGACGAAGACUCUCCGCAGACGGUCGUCAACUCCGCAGUUGGUUUGGAAAAGCUCGUGCAGCUGAGCCCCGAAAUUGCGAGUCCAAAGAGCCGCCACUUCGAAACCCUGUUUGCAGUUUUUCUAAAGCUGUUGGAACGACCAAAAGCCACUCUUAUUGACAAGGUCCUUGCACUGGGCUUACUUCCAGCAUUUCUAAAUGAUGCACAUCAAGAAACCUGCGACAAGCUCAGAGAUGCCUUGGAGAACAUGGUGCUGCAGCAUUUUCCUAUGGAGGUGUCAAAGCUGCUUCCUGGUGCCUCUGAAUUGCUGUCCUACACGAAGGCAAUGCGCAAGCUGCUGGCUGUCCUUGAGACCACUGGGAGCACCAUGCUGCUGGAGCUUCUCCUCCGUGUGCUUCACCGGGAGGACAAGAACCAUUUCCUCGAGCGUGAAGUGCUGCUCUCCCUGCGUCGUACCAUGCCGGGGUGUUCUGAGGCGAAGCAGCUGCAGCUACUCAACACGGCCUACAAGUGCGCCGCCACUCUACGCGGCCUCCCGACGCCAGCCAGACUCUCGAUCGCGUCCAAGCUUCUGCCUCAACUCCUGAAGCACAGUUCCAAGUCUUCAUUACGACAGUUCUUCGCCGAGAACAUCGUCGCCAUUGUGGACACAGUCGGAUCGAAGAUACGAUCGGGUUCCGAGUGGCAGUUGGCAAGCAAGAUCGUGGCCCUCUCCUGUCUCGAAGUCCUCUACUCUUGCUUGCACAAGGACGACGUCUCCGGAAAACAGUCUGCCAUCAACAACGCCUUCUGCCGUGCCCGGGAAGUCACCACUGUGGUUGGAAACGAGCUCACCAAGGAAGUCACCAAGCACACAAACAUGCUCAAGAAAGAAAGGGGUGAGCUAGGCGGUGAAGAGGGGAAUGCGUACCUGUGGCGCCACCUACGAUGUGCAGCGUACAACGUCAUCGCCGCUGUGGUCUCAUGCACGCAAGUCGAGGCACAGUUCUACGAUGUCUUUCUCUUCCAAGAAAAGCCCGAGAAGGGAGAGUUCGUUUGGAACAACAUCACCAACGAGAAGAGGACAUACAAAUUCCCGCUGGAACUGGACGCCCCAUUUCGAAGGAACCGUCAGGUUGUGGGUGUGACGGAAGAGGCUCCGGAAGAGGGCAGCAGGCGUGAAUCUUCCAAAAGGCGCAGUCUUUCGUGGUCUCUUCUAGGGAGCAGCCUCGCCAAGGAAGCUAGCCAGUACAGCCUUUCGGCGAGUGGACUGGCAUUCUGGGACAUCAGUGAGCCGAGCAAAUCCACAGAUCCCGGUGCCGAAAAAGCGUCCACGGUAGACGCGCCAAAGUUCCGCAAGCUGAAAGUCGUUGAUCUCGAGGACGACGAACUCAACCGUCACGAUUGCAUGGCGAUGGUCUGCUCAGUCAUAGAGCACAUGGCCAGCAUUGGAAUCAUCUGCAAGACCGUUGAGGAAGCGAAAGCCAGUCCAGUGCCCAAGUGGCUGAGCACCAUUAUGGGGGCGAUCACUGCAGACCAUACCAAGCCAAAUGCGCUUCUUUUUCUCUGUAGAGUCAUCGUCAAUUGCGCUGAGGUUCUCAAGGUGUACGUGCAUCACCUCCUGCCAGUCAUACUUGACAUCCUGGCACAAAAGAAACUUGGCUCCGAACUGGACGCAUUCGUUAUCGACCUCGUUGUGACGGCACUGACUUGGACUGCUAAUCUGGACACCAAAGACCUCGAGGGCCUGGGAGUCAGCCAACAGGCACAGUUGGUGCUGGAAUUCCUGGUCACUCACUGCGGACACCAGAGAAGCGACAUCCAGAACACUCAGUUGGAGCUGGUGAAUGCGUGGGUUGGGACCUGGAAGGAGCAGCUCCGGUUUCCCGGAGACAUCAUUCUGCAGCUUUGUGAAGCCAUUUCAUUGGAUGGCAAAGACGCGAGAGGCAUAUUUCUCUUUGGAAUUUUCGUCAAGAAUGACCUCGUCGAGUUUCUUGAAAUCCAGGACUACGCCCUUGAGAGAAUCCUGGACCGUCUUCCGAAACUUCUGGCUGGCAAGCACCGAUCGUUGUACACAACUGUGGCCGAUGCCGUGGGUCUCACGUUUUGCAAGAUGAACGAAAGCGCCGGCAUCGACAACAACUUUCUCAACUCGGUCGAGUCUAACCUUGCUGCCAUUUUGAAGAUGGGCCAGCGCGACCAGUAUGUGUUGAUCUUGCACCGCAUCUGUCGUCUCUACGAGCCGUUUGCAAAAAGCUUUACAGAAACAAUGAUGCUACAGCUGCCGCGAGCUCUGGCCAGCUUCAAGGUAGCCAUCCUGGAGGUCAUCUCCAUGGCCUGCACCGAACUGGACAAGCCUGUCCAGAAGUUGGAGGGACUCGGUUUCAUCGAGAUGCUCGCCCACGGCGACGACGGAAUACAGAAAGUGGCACUCGAGAUCUGCGUCAAGCUCACCACAGUCGCCACCGAACAAGACUGGCACGUGCUGCUACCCAUCGUCUGCAAACUGCAGGUCCACGCCAACGUCACGUGCAGGAAGCUGGUGUACGACGUCUGCAUGCGUCUCUACACGAAGUACAGGUCCAGUGAGAGGAGGGGGGCAGAUUUGAUGAAACAGGCAAGGCGCGUGCUGCUGCUGGGCCUGGGCGAUGCAGAUUUGCCAUUGAGGUUGUCAGUAGCAAACUUCUGGUGCCAAGAAACGCAAUUGCCCCGUGCCACCACGGAGCGCCUCAUCGCCCUCCUAGGCGACAUGUACCUGCCCGAAUUGGAAGAACAGUUUCUGUCGUCGUCCACGUUUCUGCUGCUGGAGCUCACUUCGCGCAGUCCCGACUACGAUCGGAAGGUCUUCCAGCAUCCCCUCUCAGACUGCACCUUCGUGGACUACGCAGUGACGGGGUCCUGGCGAAGGCGGCACGCUGCGAUGACGCCCCUGUUUGCGGAGACCCUGUCGUUUAGCCAGACGCAGUCAGCAACAACGUCCACACAAUCUACCACCGCAGACGGCGACGCAUCCCAAAAGCUGAGGGCCACGCAGGCAACACUGCAGUUCACGCAGACGCUGCAGACGGGAGCUUCUGGGGAGUCGAGCACUUACAAUUGGCUCACACAAAGCACCCACGAGCCUACCCUCCCUGUUGAAGAGAGGAAGCAGCCGCGAUCUGCGACAAUCUUGCAACUCGCUCCCGACAAAGCGGCAAGCCCUAAGCACGGAGGCUCUACUACCGAGAAAGUUGACAGCCUACGGUACCUCAGGAAGAGGUUCUUGCGAGACGACGACCAGAUCCGGCUUCAGCACAUGCGCAGGGAAGUUCGUCGUAAUGAAACUCGAAGGAAACUCAGGACAGAGCAGCGAGCUCGUCGAGAAGCAGAGGUGACCCUGUACCGACGCUACCGCAUGGGCGACUUUCCGGACAUCCAGAUCACGCAUGCGGCCUUGAUCGCUCCCAUGCAAGCUUUGGCUCAGCAAGACCAGCAAGUCGCCCAGAUGCUGCUUGCCGGCGUCGUCACGUCCGUGCUGCGCGAGUCGAAGCGAGAAGGGUCCCCGUUCUCCAAGCAGCAGGACGAGCUGUGCCGAGGGAUGCGAGGUGCGCUGGCAGGCAUCCUAGAAGGGAGCAUGCGAUGCUUUCCUCCACUUGUGGCCUUUGUGCAGGAAGUAGCCUUCCAAAGCGCUUCGGAUCUGGAGCUUCCAGUGGCUGCCAUCUCUAGAGCAUCUAUAGCCAGUGGCCAUCAAAGCCUCGGAAUUCUUCUCUUGGAAGAAAUGAAUCAUGCCAGCAGCCUGUCAGAAACGACCAAGGCACCGCCGGCCAAACGAUCGAAGAAAGAGGAUCAUCCGGAAGAGGAAAUGUGGAUGCAGCUGGCUGAGUUGUACAAGUCUCUUGGAGACUACGACGCUGUGCGUGCGUCGCUGGCUCUCUGCGGAGACGUCGGGCCAGAAGCGAAGAAGGCCCUGGAGAAGGAAGCCCAAGGAGAUUACCAGCAGGCCAGGGACAUUUAUCGACAGCUUGCUGAGAGCAGACCUCGUGGUGUGGACGGCUUCACUUGGGACGAUGCCAUACUUCAGUGCUGCUGCCUUCUGGGUGAAUGGAGAGAACUCCAGAACGAAGUCGACGCGAGGCUAGAACAAUGCAGCCCUUCGACAUUGGAGGGCCUCUGGGACGGAGGGUAUCGGCAGGAGCAUUACUUGCCAGUUUAUGUAAAAGCCCGUGUCAAGAGCAUUCUCAGUGAAGACGGCGAUCAGCAAGACUUCCCGAGCGUCAUCCGGGAGUGGAUGGAGAAUUCGAGCAGGAAUCGCUUUCUUGAGGCAAAAUGUUGCCAGGAACUUGUUCUUCUGAGCCUGUCACAGAAGGACACUUGCCGUGCCGACUAUUACGUCAAGUGCCUUACAGAACAGUUUCUGGAGGAUUGGAGCAGCCUGAGCGUCCUGACACCGGCUCUUAUCGAAGGCAAGCUGGAAUGCCUGCUCCCGCUCACCGACCUCACUUUGUACCUGAAGCACCGCAAGCGUGCAGAUAAUGCAGAUGAUUUGGUAUCAAGCUUGCAUUCUCGACUUCCCAGUAACGCAGACUCUGUGCUCCUCUGGAAUGAGAUUGUUGCCAACAGGUGCUUCCUCGUGAAAUCACUCGGCCAUCCCGUACCCAAGGAGAAAGCACUGCUUCUGAAUGCCUUCGCCAACGCCAUGCUCCAGCAGGAGAACGUGCCGACUGCGCUCAGGGCCGUUGUCGAAAUUGAACAGAUGAGGCUUUCGGGGCAGCUCGGCGACUGGGCGGAUUGGCGUUACGUGGAAACGUACUGUGCCAUGCUCAGGAGGGCCUCGGAGAAUGAGCCCCUGCCCAAGCAGAUAGCUGCGUACAUGCGCAUGCUUGAGAAAGUUGAUGCAGCCGCUGAUGACACGGCGGUCGACAUCGUGCACACCGUGAAGUACAAGAUGCUGAAGGGGCAGCUGAUGUCUGGACUCUCGAAGGUCUUGAGGGCUGGCGGACAGAUGACAGCUGACCAGAAAGCAGUACUGAAACUCUCUGGCAAUAAGAAGCAGCCUGUUACGGCGCAGUCAAUCUGUGAUGAAGCGCUGCAUCAACAUCUCGCCGCCAUCGCCGUGGAAGAGGCAUCGCCGGAGCUGAAAGCCGACGCGCACCUGCACCUGGCCAUUUUCUGCAGCAGCGUCUUGCAGGCGGAGGAAAGCGGCGAACCAAAUCUGAAGCGGCAGGACGAGUGCCCGCAAAUUCUGGUGGACGCCGUGCUGACGGCCAUGCGCCUCGGUCACGGCCAAGCGCCAGACAUGUUUCCCCAGCUCCUGCUGCUGCUACAGAGCUAUCCAUCCUGCGGGAAGGCCUUCACCAGUGAGUGUUCCAAGGUGCCUUGCUGGAUGUUCCUACGUUGGAUCAACCAGAUUCUCGCCCUCCUCGACAAGGAAGUGGGGCCCUUCCUCUUCGACGUAGUUGACAGUGUGGCUCGUCACUACCCCAAUGCCUUGAUUUAUCCUUUCCGUGUGAGCUCCAGCGCUUACACGUUCGAGUGUCCGAAGACGAAGAAAGCCUGUCAGAAUUUUGUAGGCCGCCUACAGCAAGCCAUGGACAAGGUUCCGCUCGUCAACGACUUCAUCAAGGCUUUGGAACUGCUACAGUUUCCCGAGAUUGCAUUCAAGGACUGGUACGAGUCGGUGAAGGACGCCCUGAACGAAAAGCAAGGCCCCGCCUCGAUCAAGGAGCUGUUCAAGAAGAUCGUCUCACAGCUCCUGGUGUGCAGCCGCGAUUCCUCAAGCCGUUCCUCGUGGAGUCGUGUCUAUCAGCGCUUUUCCGAGAAAAUGAAAGAAAAGGUGAUAGACGCCUUUGGUACUCAAGGCGAGAAGCUCGCAGCCAUGACACCAAAGAAAUUCCAAGAGCAGUACAACAGGCUCAUGAGCGGCUACAAACCCAGCGACGUUCCAAAGGCACUCAAGGACAUCUCCCCAUGGCUCAGCCACUUCAGCUCGCUCAAUCAGGAGCACAGCUUGGAAAUCCCAGGCCAGUACACGGGAAAAGGGAGGCCAAUGCCUGAGUACCACGUAAAAAUAUUUGGAUUUGAUGAAAGUAUCAGGGUGCUGCAGUCCAAGCAGCGUCCCUGCCGCAUCACCAUCCGCGGGGACGACGAGAAGGAGUACCGGUUCCUGGUGAAGACCGGUGAGGACCUGCGGCAGGACGACCGCAUCGAGCAGAUCUUCAAGGUCAUGAACGACCUGCUCCGCAAGGACCCCGUGUGCCGGAGCAAGCACCUGCAGCUCAUCACUUACAGCGUGGUUCCACUGACGCACAGGGUUGGACUAAUUCAGUGGCUGGACGACACAAUGGUGAUGGAAGAGUUCCUCAGGCAAGGGCUCACAACCGAAGAGCAGGACGACAUAAAUAAAGUUCCAAGCAGCUACAAGCUUCACAGUGUCGACGAUUACAUGAAGGCCUACGAGACACAGUCCUGUUCGAAGGCAGCCACGUCUCGCUACUUGAGCUGCCUGCGGCCAGCAAGCAAGCUGGCUCUACGGAAAGCACUGCUUGGCCUCAGUUCGUGCCCGGAAGCCUUCUUCGCCCUGCGCUCCCGUUUCAUCAGUUCGCACGCGACCAUCAGCAUUGCUCAGUGGGUGCUGGGCAUCGGGGACCGCCACCUUGGCAACUUCCUGGUCGGCACCAAGACGGGGCUCGAGAUUGGCAUCGACUUUGGCUACGCCUUCGGCGUCGCCACGCAGUUCCUGCCCGUGCCCGAGCUGAUGCCCUUCCGACUGACCCCCAUGUACAUGGCGCUGGUCGAACCCUUCGAGAAGGGAGGCACCAUGGCCUGCUCCAUGCAUUACACUCUGCAGGCCUUGCGCAGCGGCUCCCGGUCCCUGCUCGACAUGAUGGACGUGUUUGUGCAAGAGCCCACCAUCGACUGGCUGAGGUUCGCGAAAAGGCAGAGUCAGCUGGACAAGGAACACAAAGGUGAGAAGAGUGCCAAGUCCACUGAUCAAUUGGACUGGUAUCCACGACAGAAAGUGGACAUCGUGCGCCAAAAGCUGGAAGGAUAUCAUCCAAGCUAUAUCCUGCGUGAUGAAUUGAAACUCGGCAAGGGUAACAACUCUUACUUUGCCCACAUGGAAGCCAUCUGCCUUGGUGCCAGCGGGCCCCACGGCGCGAUCAGGCACCAGUUUUCCGACACGGACAAGCUCACGCCUCAGCAGCAGGUGGAAUGUCUCAUAGAGCAAGCUACUGACCCGGCAAUCCUAGGACUGACAUGGAAGGGCUGGCAGCCGUGGCGGUAGCAACGUGCAUUUGUUAACUACAAUUGUUUGUUACAUAAUUAAGCCACAGCACCGCGUUUCUGCUCAUUAACUAUGAUUUUUUGUUGUAUAAUAAUUUAAGUGUGCGCAUACGCGAUCACAUCAUGUUGGAGUUUAUCAUCGCAGCGAGACACUUUAUGUACAGACCCAGAAGAUGCAUUCCAUCAGUACUAUUAAGAGAUGUUGCACAUGCGCGGCACUCUUCACUUUGCUAAUAAAUAUUGGAAACUGAAGAUAAUGGCAUGGUGUUC